AAGAAAUAUGGAUGGAACGAUAGGAGAUGGGACUGACUCAUUUCUAAUGUAGGAAAAACUGCAUCAUGUCUAACGGUUUAAGCAAUUUAUGUGAUAAAGUGUGUGACAUUUGAAGGAUAACCGUGGCAGACAAAACGAUUAAUGAGUUAGAAGAAAGAGCUACUGGCAUUUAAACAUUUUGCUAUUAUCUGGAACAGUUGAGGAUGGUGUUGGGGUUUCUUGGUAGCUCUCAUAGGGAGCAGUGAGGAAGGAUGUGACGUGAUGACAGAGAGCAUAGUGCAGGACUGGUUGGUGGACUAUGGCGCUCUCAGUCCCGUGGAGGUGCACAGCUUUGCUAGCAGCCUCGAGCACGACCAGGAGGUGGUGGCAGCCAUCUAUAACGUGCUGGAGGAGCGUAGCAAGUACCAGGACCUGAUAGAUCCCGUGUGCACCCAGCUGUUCAGCUUCUACAGAUCGCGGGAAGCUGAGUUGCAGCGGUUCACUCUCCAGUUCUUGCCCACGCUCAUCUUUGUCUACCUCAACUCCGUGGCCCACGGAGACAAGAAGAGUUGCCGCAGCGUGGAGACCCUGCUGAUAGGGCUGUACAACCUGGAGGUGGUGGACGAGAGGGGCCAGCCCAAGGUGGUGUCCUUCCGCCUGCCGUCCCUCGCGCAGGCCUCCAUCUACCACGAGCCAAUGAGCCUCGCACCAGCGUCGCUGACGGAGAGCGCGCUGCGGCGGCUCGAGGAGUGCAACACGAAGCUGGUGAGUUGGGGCCCGCUGCCGCAGGUGGAGGCCCUCAACGCCCAGAACAGGCUGAAGGUGAUGACAGCACUGCUGUUCAUCUACAACCGCCAGCUCAGCCUGCUGCACAAGUCUGCCCUGGAGCACCUCUGCAAGGUGUCCUCCAAGCUGGUGACGCAGGGCUUCACCAAGCCGGGCCACCACCAGCGCUCCUCGUACGGCAGCGACUCGAGCUUCGUGCCGCGCCUCCUGCCGCGUAUCCCCGUGUCCGCGCAGCUGCUGCUGGAGCUCACGCACGCCACCUACUUCGCCAUGUUCAACGACUUUGGCUACCUGGCCACGCAGGCGCUAGAGGACACGCACCAGCGCUGCUGCCACGAGGGUUUCCCCGACGUGCUGCUGGUCACCGGCGCCAUCCGCAACUCCCUGCGCGUCAACCCCUCCGGUCAGCCGGGAGAUGGACCAAUGGGCAUCAGUGUGGCUCUGUCGCCAGUGACCACCACCGUCACCACCGUCGCCAAGUCCAUGAUCACCAACGCUUCCUUCCGCACCAAGAAACUUCCAGACGACAUUCCAAUCCAGGCGGCGAAGGACGAGGCGGGCGGCGAGGGCAAGAACCUGUCGUCCAUCACGGAGGAGCAGGAGGAGGAGCGGCUGACGCCGCGGGGCAAGAACCUGCCCAAGCUGCCGGGCUUCCCGGGCCUGGGCAAGAGGAGGGGCGCCCGGAACGGGGCGCCAGAGCGCGGGGAGGUGCGCCGGGCGGGCUCGAGGAACCGCGGCCCCGCGCCGGACGGGGACGACGGCAGGAGGGCGGGGAACGGCCCCCUCCCGCCGGACGGCAGCGUGGGGUCCGCGGAGAGCGCGGGCUCGGAGUCGCUCGCCGGCGACCCCCCGGGAGCCCCGGGAGCCCCGGGAGCCCCGGAGUGCGUGGACCUAUCGGCGCUGGACGAGCCGGGCAAGCCGCUGGACAUGCCCCCUCACGCCUCGCUGCAGAUCAGCACCGUGUGAUGUCUCGCAUUUAGUGACUGCGUUGUUCACCUCAUUGUAUUUAUUUUAUCAUUUAGUUGUCGUUACCAACACGUUUAUAAAUUUUUUUCUGACCUGGUUUAUGGUUACUACUCGUUUUUUUUUUUUUGUGUGUGUGUGUGUGUGUGUGUGUGUGUGUGUGUGAGAGAGAGAGAGAGACGUGUGUCAGGAAUGAUUGCUGCAGUUACACAUACCUGCCUGUCAGCCAAGUACCUGGCAUUGCCUUGGCUGCGUUACAAGUGUGUGUCCGUGCUGGAGCUCUCAAUUAAGCAAAUGAGGUAAGUAAUACUGGCAGGGUGUUAAUCAAAAGGAAUGCAAUCUUUGGAAAGUGCUUACAUAUUUAGGCUGUUCAUUACCAUUUGUAGAAUAUAUUUAAAGCUAAAUCCAUACUGCCAUGUCACUGGGGCGUGUAGCAAAUUUAAAUUUAGUUCAAAAUUAAUUUUAUUGUUUAUUUUUUGGUGGGAUUUUGUUUGUCGUGGUUGGGAGGUUGCUAAAACCAAGCAGUUUAUGGAGCAAAACUGAAUUUCAGUACAUUUUAUGAGGUUUUUUUUUUUCAUACAAUUAUUUGACAGCACUACAUAUUUGAAAUAUUGAUUCUUAGAAAUUUCAAACAAAAUUGUAUACUUAUUUUAGAUUGUUUGGGUGGAUAACAUACUGUUAAUUUUUUUAGUAGGUGAAAAACAAUUUCAGAGUCAAAAAAUUGAGAGUAAGGAAUUUUGUGUGAAAUUAUCAUAAAAUUUUCUCUAAAAAAAGUUGGUGUGAAAUAAAAUUGUACGUAAGUAAAAAGUGACUGGCAGAAUCAAAUGAUUUGCAUAAGUUAACAAAUUAAUUCUUGGAAGAUAAAUUGGAUGUUGCACUCAAAAUCCAUGGAUUUACUGUAAUACAUAUGUGUAUUCAUAAUCUUGGCUUUUUAGUUUAUUUUUUUCUGCAUGUCCCUUCUAGAAGCUAGUUAAUUCUCACCUUAUCUGUAAUGACUCCAUUUCUAUCACCUACAAGGAAAUUAGUUGAUAAAUUUAAAAAUAUAAAUAAAAAAUCUCUCUUUUCCUUUAAGUUUUAGUAUAGCUUUCAAUUAUUAAACAUUGGGCAUACAUAUUUACUGUGCAGAACAUUAAAGACUAAUUACAUUGGUAUGUAAUUAAUUACAUGUGUAAACAUUACAUACAUUAAUAUUAUGUUGUGUGUUGUUAACUAACCAUCACUAGUAAUAAGUAGGGACAAAACUUUAUGGUUUUAUUAUUAGUAUUUAUUUUUUUCAUUUUUAAAACAGAAAAUUUAAGUGUUAUUUUUAUUUUUAAUAUUGUCUUCAUUCAUAAACAUAUGAAACUAAAAAAAUUAUUUGUGCCAAUUUCACCAAAAAGGUCUUUUUGACUGACAGUCAAUAUGCACUUAUACAAGAAAAACAUUAGUAAUAACAAUAGGCAUGUCUAGAACAUGUCUACUCAGAAAAAUAUAUCGGAAAAUUUGCCAACAUUAUUUAUGUAAAAACAUGUUACUAAUAAUGGACACGUAAGAUCAAACAAUGUAAUGUUACUUUAUUUCAAUCUAUUUAAUAUAUAUUGAUACAAAAUUUGUGCUAAAUAAAUUACAUCCAAUGAAUUAACCAUUACACAAUAUAAAAUCUGUAAUUUGAGUUAAUUUUGUCAAAUUAUUAUCUUUGAAAGAUUUGUGCAAUGGGAGUGCAUGACUUGAUGUAAGCUUUUGGACAUACGCCAUUGCUAAGCACAUGUAUGUCUGUAGAAGAAAACUACAAAAAACCCAAAAGACAAAAACAUUAAAAACACAAAUUAAGCAAAAAAUUGCUGUUGUCAACUGUUGUGCUGAAUUUUUUUUGGGUUCAAUAUUUUUGUGCUGUCAUCAUUUGUGGGGGUUUUUUCGUUCUCUUCUGUUUUGGAAAACUAUUGUGUUUGUUUCGUCUUUUCGUUUUGUCGUGUUAUUUGUCUCGUUUCAACUGUUGUUUUGAAUUUUUUUGGGUCAAUAUUUUUGUGCCUUCUUCAUUUGUGUGGGUUUAUUCAUUUUCUUAGUCCAUUUUUCUUUGUUUUUCUUUGUUUGUUGAUCAUAUUCCUGUUAUGGAAUAUUAUGUGGUGUUUAUAUCCUGAUGGUGUAUGUCCAAAAGCUUACAUCAAGUUUUGUCAAAUCGCUGAUAGUUUCUUAUAUUCUGGUACUAAAAACUGUAUUAACUUGCAUUUCGGUGUUAUGUAUAUGGUGUAUUGACACGCUUUGCGGUGUUUCGUUAUUAUUUCAAUUCACCAUAUAAUUUUGUAUCUAGUGGUGUGAGUUCUACUGGAAGUUGUUCUAUAAGAAAUUAACUUUUUUUCUUUUAUCAACUCCUUAGUAUGUUCUCAAAGGUCACGGGGUUAUUAAAAUCACAUCGCACGCUUCACUUCACAAAUGCAUAUUCAGGGCUGUUCAUUGGUGGUUGACUUGUGAGAUGUCUCAUCUGAUUUGCAUAUGAUUUGGUGCUUUUUAAACUGAGGGUAUCACAGUCUCUAGAUGAACUGAGUCGAUGGCACAAGUAAGGUAUGAGUGGUGGACUUUCGUGGGAGUUCACAAAUUUGUUACGUCUUUUUGAUUCAGUUAUCCCGAGAGAAUGAUACACCUGUUAAAAAAUUUAAAGUUUUGUCGUCUUUAUUUUGCUAUCCACCAGAAUAGGAGAUUCAAGCACUCUUUGCUCCAUUGUCGAAUGCUUACCAGAGUAGGGAGCUAACACAACGGUGUCUCUUGUGGGUCAUGUUGGUUAGGGCAUGAAGGUAUGUAUGUUCUAGAACAUUUAGUUUUUAAUUUUAGAAUUUAUGUUGAAUGCCAGUAAAUAUUUAUUAUUUUAUUUAUUUUGCAUACUUUUAUUUUUUUUCACUUAUUUGAGCUAGUUGGUUGAUAUGCAACUCUUCCAAAAUAUGGAAAUGUAGUAUUUAAAGUUAAUACAUAGUGUGUCUUAAACUUCUACAAUAAUGUGUUCAAAUUAAAGUCGUGUUAAUGGAUGUUGAUUGUUCCAGUAAUAUUAUCUUCCCUGUUUCAAUUGAUGUCAGUGUCUGAAAAUGUAAUACAUAUUUUUUUUUUCUUGAAUUUGUUGAAUUUGAAAAAUGAGAAAGCUGUGCUUUAAGAAAUGUGAAUGCUUGUUUUUUAUUAACUUGCUCCAAGAUGAAGAGUCAGUUUUAGUGGUAAACAACACAAGUUUGGCAUAUUGUUCCAAAGUUCAGAAUUGGAAUCAAUAAAGUUUGACCGAAGUUGUAAAAAUAUUUUAGAUUAGGGUUGAGCCAAUCAAAUCAUCAAAUACCAUCAAGAUCAAAUUCUUAGUAUUCAAAUGAUUCAAUAUUUGAGGAGAAAGAUUCAAAGAAAAAUAAUAGAGCAAAUAAAGUAAAUUAAAAAUAUUUGUCACUUAUAACCUCUGAAGUUUACUCGUUAUUUUUUUUUUCUUUAUAUUUAUACCUUUUCUGUUACAUUAUCCAAAAUAUUUUACUUUUAAAAUGCAAUCUAUAAAUAAAACAAUGUAUUGAUUCUGGAAACUUGGUUUGUGAAACAGUCUUUUUAAGGGUUAAAUUCUUCCAACACCAUAGUUUAUAUUUUUAAUUUCUUGUAUAUAUUUUUAUUUUUUACCCUUGAGAGAUACUAGUCAGAUUCAAGGGGUAUGUUAGAGGUACUCUUUGGAAUUCAUAAUUUGAGAUUUGAAUUGGAGAAAAUUGGGAUUUGGCACAACACUAGUUAAAUUCUUUGAGAAAAAAUCAAGUGAGUUUUUGUUAAGUAUAAAAUCGUACUCAAUUACCUAAAUUGUCAUAAUAUGUAAUGAAAACAUAUCAGUUCCUAAAUGUACAUGAUGAGGCAUCUGUUAUGUAACUUUAGAGCCAGAAAAAUUUAACUAUUAUAGAUGAGCGAUUUUCCUGCUGCUGCUGUUUGAAGAGCUACUGACGUGUAUGUGGCAAAUGAUGUGCAGAGCAAUCUGCUCCCACUCACGUCAUUGGCACACUCGCGGCGACGCAAGCAGCUCUGGUUUGACUCGGUAGGCGUUCCGGAGUGCUGAGGUGUGUCCAGCGGUCUAGUGAUUUUAAUGAAUAUUUGCCCAUGUUAAUUUUGGUUAUGUAAGUUGAUAAAAAAAAAUGUGAAAAAAUAUUUUUCUUAAAAAUGUUUUAAGAAAAAAAUUUCUCUUUAUUUUUAAAUUGGUACCCUAGUGAUUUGUUAUCUUUUGAUGAAUAAAAUUUUUGCUUAAAUUAUGGAGGUGUCUACAAAAUUUAGCAGGAAAAUGUAUAAUGCCUGCCCUUGUUUGACAAGGGGGUUGUCCAGGUACGUGCAGUAACCAUUUUUGUUCUUGUUUUUUGUAUCGUCUUUUAUUUUCAUCUUUGUUCCUGUCUCUGUGCCGUGCCCACCGCUAAGGCUGUAUGCUGUUGACGGGCAUGUUACAAACUGAAACAAAUAAAUAAUUGUUUUUCCAAGUGGCAGUUGGGUAUUUUGACAUGAAAAAGUUAUCUUGGAGCAAGUCACUAAGUUUACUAUGGGUUCCAGUAUUCCAGUUCCCAGUACAGUGUGUGGGUUGUUUCUUUGUGUUGAAAUUAACAUUGUAAGUGAAACCACAUUUCUCUUUUGUCUUUGCUGUGUUAGUUUUGGCAAUGUUUUUUUAAGAAUAUUUUCAUACUCCUCAAUAUUAUAUUCUAAAAAAUUUAAUAGCAAUAUCUGUGUAGUUAAAUGUUAUACAUUUGUAUGUAAUAUGUAUGUAAUACAUUUUCCUCUUAUACAAUAAUUGAUUAAUUAGUACUUAAAAGUGUCUUGUAGCAUUAUUUGAAUGUUGUGCCUGCAAAAAUAUUUUAUGCAAACUAUUAAUUGGCCAAAAUGUUUGAUGUUCAGACGUACCUAGUUGUCUUGAAAAUGGAGUAAUGAUGUUAAGUUGCAUUUGUUUAAUAUUUUGGCAAGUAGGAUAGUAUUUUUUUUAAUUAGUCUUAAAUAUUACACUGUUUUGCAUGUUUAAUUACUUUUCCAUGGCUCUUCUUUUGCUAAUAUAUAAUUUUUUCACAGUUUGUACCAUUUUUCAUUGUUUCUAAAAAAAAAAAUGUAACUGUGCCAUAUAAUAAUAUUAGGACAAAUUUGCAUUUCUAAUAGCAAAGAUAAAAUAAUUUUGAGUAAACAUUAAUAAGUUUGGUUUUUAUUAUGAUGUACUAGUGAUAAAUUAAUUGUUAAAUUUGUAUUGGUAUUUUAUUCAUGUGUUUUUUUUUGUGGGGAUAAUUUAAUGCUAUUUUGCAUAAAAGUUUUAAGUUUAGUGUAUCUUGAAAAUGUCUCGAAAAUUGAAUUAUGAGCCCUAAGCAUAAUUGUAAAACCUCUUUGUUUAAUAGUAAAUAUGUGUAAAUACUUGUUGAUUAUAAUAAUCAUGUAUACAGUGUAAAUAAAGUUGAUAUGUAUAUGAACAUGACAUCAAAUGAAAAUAUAGGUAUGUUACAAGGUUUUCCCUAAAUUGCAGGUUUAAUAAUUAUUAGAUACUCAAAUAUGUGUUAAUGGAUGUUUAUGAUCACGGAUGUUUGAUCGUCGUGUGUUGAGAUGAAAACUUAAUGUCCCGCAAGCUCGUCACCUGUAAUGUCCAUCACGCAUGCAACAUGAUUGUUCGAGCCGUGUUCCAACUGCCAGUAAGGGAGCAAGUGGGCAAGGAAUUAACCGUACUUAAGUUUUGUGCCUUUGAGACUUGCUCGACACAUGAUUCGCAGCUGUGUUUGAGUUACGGAGUUUUUCACUCUGUCACCUACACAGGGAAGUCAACAUUGUUCACACUUGAAGUUAAAUGUAUCAUUAUUUCAGAUCUUUUACGUUACGCAAAAUUUUUAUGUAUACUGGUCACAUUUCUUGUUGAUGUGUGUACAGGAACUUCUAUGUGGAAUAUUUAUAUGAUUGUCAGUUUCAUAAUAAAACCUAGUUAGUGAAUGUGAAUGUGAAUGUGAAUGUGAAUUACCUACAUUCAUGAAUGCAAAAGCAGAUAAGGAUUUUUUUUUUAAUUCCGCGACCAGAUAUUGGUAUGUUCUGGUGUUACACGAGGUAGUGAUGUUGCGAAGAAUGGGUCUUUGCUAUAAGUAAGGGAGAUACGGAGAUACGCAACAAAGGAGCACAUUCCAGUUGGGACUAGGCCGUAGAUUGUUUUCAUGAUUUUACGUACAUAUUGUGAGUGCUUACUAUUCGUAAUUGUGAUUUCUUUUUGUUCAUUUGUCAUGCAUGUGUUUUUUCAGAUGUCAGAAAUUUAGCUUCUGUCGCGGUACCCAGUUCAGUGUUUACCCAAGCUGUUAUCUAAUUGUAAAUGCAAUCCAUGUAUGAAAAAUGUAUUCCUAGCCUGUAAAUUAUAAAUAGUGAUAUUUACCAACCUUUUGAUUAGUUGCUGUAUUAAAUCAUCUAUCUAGUGUUAGUUACCAGUUUUGGUUUCUGGAUGUUGUGUUGGCCUCCAUUCACUUAGCUGUGUCUGUGUGUGCGAUAACUGUUUCUGGGAUGAAAACAUGACUAAUAGAGAUUUUUUUCCCCCAAAUUAAAAUGUUAUUUUAAGAUUUUUAACAAAAAUUAGAGUUGUACCAGUUCCAUUUUUUUAACUAUGCCCAUUCUGAUUGUUAAACCACAAACUUGAACCCUUAUAUAUCCUUUACUUUUCUAAUGGUUAAAAAGUAUUUAACUGCAUUGAUUUACUUUUUUUUUCACGUAGCUUUUUUAUUCUUAUAUGAUAAAUAAAAGCGAGAGAUAAAAUUGUAUGUCAAAACAAACAAAUUCCAUUAUCAUAGGUACUUUGUAGUGUUAAAAAUUGCUGCAGAUAUUUCCAAAUGUUUUUAUAUUUUUAUGAAAUGAAUUAUGAAUAUGUAAAACAAUAUUUUCCAUACAUUGUGUUAAACAAAUUUUACAACUUUUUCUCAUCAUAUCAGAGCUUUGAGUAUUACAAAAUGUUUUGUCAUAUUAAAUUUUACCAAAACUUGGGGCCUUAACUUUUUUUUUUUAUUAGCGUGACUGAUUUUCCUAGCAGAAACGAGAAACAGCGGAAGUUUUUUUAAGUGAUAAAUAACACAAAUUUAACAGGAGCAAUUUCUGGUGAUAAAAUGCUACACGUGUGCUUCUAGCAUUUUAUGAAUAAACAUGCAGUAGGUAUCCUAGGCUGUUGGAAGUGAAAACAGGUGUAAAAAGCUAAAGGCGAGCGAAAUGGACAAGAGGCGGGCGGUAACGCUAUCCUCCUCUGCCACUUACGCGACUGGUUUUUAAUCUGUCCACUCCACUCCACUCCACUCCGCCUCGUACAAGGGACUAGGAUUCAAGUUUUCAGUAAACUGAAGAUUUAAGUAUGAAAAAAAAAAAAAAAAAUCUGCUUCAUAUACUGUAUCACAGUAUCAGUAGUUUAUAUUGUAAGAAAUUCUUAACGGCUGAUCACUAAAGUCAUAGUCCCCGAAGUAAACAUUAAUGACACCGGAAUUCACUGAACUUAUUUCCAGCACCUUUUUUGCUAACUGUAAUUUGUGUUUUUGACAGCUCGCUUAAGUUUAUAGUCGCACUCUGCGAGUAUAUAUUUUGCAAGAUGGUUGAUUUUACGUGUGUAUAUUAACAAAAAAGAGAGUUAGUCUCUCUGUAGUUUGCAUUGUGCAAAGAUGAUGACGAGGCCUAGAGCCGUGUAAUUUGACAUUUUCCCAACAAUUUACAUGGAAAUGGCUUUUGCAUCAUUGAUGCUUUGUCUCCUAACAGCCAUUGCAUUGUUGGUGUUCUGUUUAUUUUCGGAUCUUAAUUCAGUCUUUUCUGUGAUAAUCUUUUCCAUCCUUUAAUUGCUGUAUUUUGAUGAAAUAAAUUUGUAUUAGAAGUGCCCUUAAAAACUGUUCAAUCCAAGAUGGCAUCUUCUAGUUAUCUUAGUUCUAACUUUUGUUUUGUUUCAUAAGCUGAUUUUCUAAUAUUUGGAUAGUUUGAUUUUUUCCUUUGGAGAUACGGAAGUGGCGUACCCACGAAGAGGGGCGUGUAGAAGGGGUAGUGCGAGAGAGUUCUGUCUGUAGACUGUUUUGAUGUAUCUCAGGUGCAACAGCUAGAUAUGUACAAAAUUGACCCUAUAAUGAUAAAAAGUUGAAAAAAUAUUUUCCCAGAGGGUCCUGAAAAAGUUCUGAAACACACAUGCAGUGCAUUUGCUGCACUGCACGUGUGAUGUAGUAGUAGUUGGCUUUCCCGGGUGUGUCGUGAGCGCACUUGGCCCUGCGACAAGGGAUGAUGCUUCCCUCCCCCUACCGCGUAUUCCUGGAUGCGUGUUUAGCAGCCGGCUGCCGUUCUCUUAAAAUAUAAGAAAAAAGCUAUAGUGAAAUGAACCCGAUACCACAAACUUAACCAGUAAUUUAUAUCUGUACUGGUGCAACUCUAAAUGUGUGGUGGCGGUGGUGGUAGUUUUUCAUUUUCUCCUCCCUUUUGCAAUCCCUUCAACGUUAGUUAUUUUCAUUGUGUCGUGUGCUACAUUGGCUAGUUCUCAGAUGGUCGUGUUAAACAUAAAUUACUUAAAAAGUUGAUGUUCUUAAAAAUCAAAUAGCAUUGUUAAAGAUAUAUUUUCAUGAGUUUUUUUUUUUUUUUUUAAAGUUUAAACCACUGUUUUCGUCUUGUAUACUAUGUAUGUAUUUAUGCACUACAAGUUGUGUUCAGACAUCUGCAUGCAUAAAUUUACAUCUUACAAUUUGUGUAAAAAUAGUAUAUAGAUUUAUAGACAGAGGCAGGUCCAAGUAUACCUAAUUAAAUAUCUGCAGUUGAAGUUUUCUGUUAUGCUUGGAGACUAUUAUGUUUACAUAAACUGGUAACUUUUAUAAACGUUGGCCCUCCAGAUUCGGGUGAAUGCCCUAUACUCCAUAUACAAUUUUGAAAUUUAUUUCAAUUUAAGAUAGGCCAACGUUUUCUGAUAAGAAGAUGAACGGUGUUUGCAAAAUGGCUUUGAACUUUGUAUGUUACUGCAGAUAUGUCAUAGUCUGACAAGUUAGCAAUUUUUUUUGGUAGAAAUGUCUGAAGAAAUACUAUUGGCUGAUGCUUGAACGUGUGCUAUGUGAAUGAGUGUGUGCAUUCUCGAUAUAUCAGACAAAUGCCAAGCGUGCUGUCGUGUUGUCACUCCUGUACAGUGUAAAUAGUUAAACAUUGUUAUCUAUUGCUCAGAGAUUUAUAAGUUGAUUACUAGAAUUCAUUGGAAAUUUCUUCCUUUCAAAUGUGUAUAAUAAAAUGUAAAAAUGUGUACAGAAAUAAAUUGCAUAUAUCUUGUGUUACUAACUGUUGUCAGUUGAGUUCUUUAUUAUUCUUGACUUUGUCAUUACAGCCUGUUUUUAAAAAAAUUUCUUUAGUGAGGAGUUUCAGAU